AUGGUUAAGGCUGUUGCUGUCCUCCGCGGUGACGCGAAGAUCUCCGGCACCGUCACCUUCGAGCAGGCCGACGAGAGCGCCGCCACCACCAUCUCCUGGAACAUCACCGGCCAUGACGCCAACGCCCAGCGGGGCUUCCACGUCCACCAGUUUGGUGACAACACCAACGGCUGCACCUCCGCCGGCCCCCACUUCAACCCCUUCGGCAAGACCCACGGUGCCCCCGAGGAUGCCGAACGCCACGUCGGUGAUCUGGGCAACUUCCAGACCGAUGCUGAGGGCAACGCCGUUGGCUCCAAGCAGGACAAGCUUGUCAAGCUGAUUGGUGCUGAGAGCGUCCUGGGCCGCACUCUGGUCGUCCACGCUGGCACCGAUGACCUCGGUAAGGGUGGCAACGAGGAGUCCAAGAAGACCGGUAACGCUGGUGCUCGCCCAGCCUGCGGUAGUGGUGUCCGGUUCCUGUUCAGCAUGCCUUUCGAAGCCCGUGUCAAGUCCGUUUUGUCGGGCGAUACGGUCGUGCUGUCGCAUGUCACCAAUCCCACACAAGAACGCAUUCUUUCUCUGGCCUAUGUCUCGGCUCCCAGAUUAAGGAGGGAAGGCGAUGAGGCGUACGGUUUCCAGUCCCGCGAGUUCCUUCGUGAACUGCUUGUCGGCAAAGUCGUCCAGUUCCACGUCGUCUACUCCAUCCCCACGGGCGCCAAGCGCGAGUACGGUAUCAUCAAGCUGCCUGGCUUCGAUGCCCAGCUUCCCGACAUCAGUGUGCAGGAGGGUUGGACCAAGGUCCGUGAGGAGGCCGGCAAGCGCAGCGACGAGUCAGAGGAGACCCUCGCGCUGUUGGACCGGCUGCGCGCCCUGGAGUCGCUAGCCCAGGAUGAGGGCAAGGGCUAUGAAUUGUCCAAUGGCCAGGAAUUGGUCAGCAAGCACAAGGGCGAGCAGCUGGAGGGUAUUAUCGAGAAAGUCCUAAACGGUGACCGGGUCGUGCUGCGCCUCCUCCUAUCGCCGCAGGAGCAUGUGCAGACUGUUGUGGCUGUUGCUGGUGUUCGUACACCUUCAGCGAAGCGGACGACUGCGGAGGGCAAAGAGCAGGCUGGUGAGCCCCUGGGUGAUGAAGCACAGCAGUUCGUUGAGUCCCGCCUUUUGCAGCGCAAGGUCAAGGUCUCCCUGCUAGGCGUCACCCCGCAAGGCCAGCUGGUGGCUACUCUUCUGCACCCCAAUGGAAACAUCGCUCGUUUCUUGCUUGAAGAGGGUCUGGCUCGCUGCCAGGAUCACCACUCUACCCUCCUCGGCGGAGACAUGGCUCUUCUCCGCCAGGCCGAGCUUGCAGCAAAGAAUGCCCGCAAGGGAAUCUUCACUGGCCACGUCACUCCUCAGGGGACCGGCGCGGCAGCCGCUGAUUACUCCGUCAGCCGCGUCCUGAACGCGGAUACUAUUUUCAUUCGCAACAAGGCCGGCCAGGAGAAGAAGAUUAGCCUGACUAGCAUCCGUCAGCCCAAGCCCUCGGACCCCAAGCAGGCUCCAUUCGCUGCUGAGGCCAAGGAGUUCCUCCGCAAGAAGGUGAUUGCGAAGCACGUCAAGGUCACUGUCAACGGCAAGAAGCCUGCCACCGAGGGCUACGAAGAGCGCGAGGUUGCCACUGUUGUGCAGGGCAACACCAAUAUCGGCCUGGCCCUGGUGGAGGCUGGCUACGCCUCAGUAAUCCGCCACCGGAUGGACGAUGCUGACCGAUCCCCCGACUAUGACGCUCUUCUUGUCGCUGAGGCCACGGCCCAGAAGGAGGGCCGGGGAAUGUGGUCUCCCAAGGCCCCCAAGGUCAAGCAGUACCAGGACUACUCGGAGAAUGUUCAAAAGGCCAAGCUUGAGGUAGGUAUUCUGCAACGCUCCAAGCGUAUCCCCGCUGUUGUCGACUUUGUCAAGUCCGGCUCUCGCUUUACCGUCCUGGUGCCCCGUGAGAACGCCAAGUUGACCCUCAUCCUGUCUGGCAUCCGCGCUCCUCGAUCCGCCCGGGGGCCUGGUGAGGCUGGCGAGCCCUUCGGCCAGGAAGCUCAUGAGCUGGCCAACCGCCGCUGCAUGCAGCGCGACGUUGAGAUCGACGUUGAGACUAUCGAUAAGGUCGGUGGCUUCAUCGGCACUCUGUACGUCAACAAGGAGAACUUCACUAAGGUCCUCCUGGAGGAGGGUUUCGCGACGGUACACGCCUACUCGGCUGAACAGUCUGGUCACGCAAGCGAGUACUUUGCGGCCGAGCAGCGGGCCAAGGACGCCCGUAAGGGCCUGUGGCACGACUGGGACCCCAGCAAGGAGGCCGAGGCCGAGGCCGAAGAGGCUGCCAAUGGCACCGGCACUGAGAGCGAGGCUGUGUCGUCCUCGCGCCGCAAGGACUACCGCGAUGUGAUGGUCACACACAUCGACCACGAGUCUGGCCGCAUCAAGCUGCAGCAGAUUGGCACGGGCACUAGCGCGCUUACCGAACUGAUGACUGCCUUCCGUGCCUUCCACAUCAACAAGGCCAACGACACCCCGCUGCCUGGUCCCCCCAAGGCCGGCGAUUGGGUCGCAGCCAAGUUCAGCGAGGACGGUGACUGGUACCGCGCCAGGGUGCGUCGCAACGACCGCGAGAAGGAGCAGGCCGAGGUGGUCUACGUCGACUUCGGCAACUCCGAGACUCAGCCCUGGAAGAACCUGCGCCCUCUCAGUCAGCCCCAGUUCUCCGCCCAGAAGCUACGUCCCCAGGCCGUGGAUGCUGCCCUGUCCUUCCUGCAGUUCCCGACUGACCGAGACUACCUGAGCGAUGCCGUCGCCUUCCUGGGCGACGAGAUCUGGAACCGCCAGCUGGUCGCCAACGUCGACUACGUCGACGCCGAGGGCACUCUGCACGUCACCCUGCUGGACCCUGCUGUCUCUAAGAGCCUUGACCAGAGCAUCAACGCUGAAGUUGUGCGCGAGGGUUUCGCCAUGGUCCCCCGCAAGCUGAAGGCGUGGGAGCGCGCUUCCGCCGACACUCUGGAGAACCUGCGGGCACUGGAGAGUGAGGCCAAGGCCGGCCGCCUUGGUAUCUGGGAGUACGGUGAUCUGACCGAGGACUAA